GUGCAGCGUCAUGGAAAGAUGAUUAUGCCGUUAAAACUCUCAUUGACGAAUGGAGAGGACAUGAGAGCUAUUUCAAGAGCACUACCAUUACUAACAAAAAAGUCUGGGAAAUGAUAGCUAGCAAGUUAAAAAAAGAGAACUCAUUCUGGAACUAUACCGGACAGCAAUGUGUAGACAAAUUUAAGGACCUUAGCAUACACUAUGUAAAAGCUAAAGAUCAGAAUGAGAAGGGCAGUGGUCUUCCAGUUGCUACAUGCAAGUUUCAUAACGAAAUGGAUGAUGUUCUUGGCGAUAAGCCAGCUGUGAAGCCUGUGUCCAUAGCUUCAACACUAAAGAGGCGUAAUGAAUUUGAUACUCAGAACUGUUCAAAUGCAUCUUCUGUACUCAUAGGCAGCAGUAAAGGCGACAGUGAGAAUGGAUGUAUUUUUACUCCUAAAUCUAAAAAAAAGAAAAGUAUUACUGAAAAAAACAUCGAAAGACUACUUACCAUAAGAACAGAGGAAUCUAAGAAAAAAGAAGAGGCGCAACAGAAGAGGCACAUUGAACGUAUGGAGCGACAGGAUCGUGCCAUUGAGAGUUCCAUAUUAUUGAAGCACUUGACGCUUCCGUUGGCUACUAGAGAAACCAAGAAGGUCUAUGACCAAAAAUUAAAUUAA